AAUACAAAACCCUUGCAAAGAAAAGCUCCCCUACCACCCUCCUUUUCCUCUCCCCACAAACACCAUUGUUACCUCCCCUUUAAAUACCACCUCCCCUCCACCCCUCCUCUUCCUCGUGCCAAGAUCCCAACCCAACAACCUCCAAAUCAUCAUCCCCCAACGCAAGAACAAGAAGUGUGCAAUCAUUCGAGAGAAGAAUUAAACAAGAAAGCAAGCAAGCGAACGACAAUCAAGCAAGCAGGCAAGCGAAAGAUCGAGCAAAGAUAGUGAGUGUGUGUGAUAGAGAUGGAGGAGUCGACCAUGGCGCGGCGGCUGUGGCACGUGGUGCGCGCCGUGCUGUUCAUGCUCCGCAAGGGCGUGUCCAAGAGGAAGCUGGCCAUGGACCUGCACAUCCUCCUCCGCCGCGGCAAGAUCGCCGGGAAGGCGCUCGGCAAGAUCAUGACCUCCACCGCCCACGGGCACGGCCAUGGCGGUGACGCCUCCGCGGCGGUGGCGGAGGAUCACCAGGCGCGCGCGCCGCCGCCGCCGUUCUCGUGCGGCGCGCUCGACCCGGCGCUCGCCGUCUACGACCCGCGCGGCGCCGGCCGCGAGGUGGAGUUCAGCUGCAGCAACACCCCCUCCUACCCGUCGUUCCACUUCAGCUUCAGCCUCCCCACCACCACCAAGCGCCGGCGCCGCCACCGCGGCGGCGGCGGCGGGCGCGGCGCCAACGGCGGCGAGCCCGGGUGGUACAACUACGACGCGGCGGACAUCGCCCGCGUCUUCGAGAUCCUCAACAGCAGCGACCAGAUCCUGGGCGACGGCGACCCUCCCGCGGCGCCUCUCGCCGUGGCCGCGACGCCCUCCCCGGCGCUGUGGCGCCGCAGCAGCUUCGGCCGCAGCCCGGCCCCCGUGAGGCAGCUCCGUAUCACCGACUCGCCGUUCGACGACGCGGCGGCGGCCGGGGACGGCGGGCUGGUGGACCUGGAGGCGGAGGAGUUCAUCAAGAAGUUCUACGAGCAGCUGCGCACGCAGCAGAGCCUCACCGCCGCCGCCACGCCGGACUACUACGGUGGCUACUCUCGCCCGGUCACCGGCAUCGCCUACUAGUCCGCCGGCCGGCCCGGUCACCGCCGAUGCAUUCAUGCAUCUGUGAAGUGUUGUUAGUAUAGUACGUGUGUUCGUCCAUGGAUCAAGCAUGUUUUGUAGAGCAGGUGUUCGUCCACUGCAUGCAUGCACUGCCAUAGUUUUCCUCAUGAGCUGAGAGAUUUUGCAUGCUUAAUUAGAUCCAUGUAUAUAUGUAUGUAUAUGCAGUAUAUAUUAAUAAGUCUAGCUAGCUAGUUACGUAUAAUACUUAGUACUGUAUAUAUUACUUCCUCCAUACAUAAUUAGAUGACGUUUCAGACAAACAAUUAACAAAGAAAAUAUGUCAAAAUGUUUGUCUGAAACGACGAAUAAAGAUGACCGGAGGUAGUAAUUAGCUAGCAAUCUUGCCUAGAGCCCUAGCUAGCUUGUAGCUGAUUGAUCAAGCUUGUGUGCAUGAUUUGAUGAAAUGGAUUUAAAAGGCACGAAGAAAGCUAUAUGUACGUACGUAUAUGGAAGACCCAACCAUCUGACUGAAAAUUUUGAGCUGAUUUUGUUGACAGUAAUUAAAUUUGUAGGUAGACAUAUUACAUACAUGCCAUGGUUU